UUAUGCCUCGAAAUGUACAGAAAAGGGAAUUGUAAGUUAAAGAAAAAAAAACGUUUUCUGAUCUGCACAGUAUUCGCUGUAAAAAAAGCAAUGAUAGCUUAUUUUCCCCGACGAGACAUCGUAUGUAUGUAAAGCAGUAUAACAUAGUUUAAUGUAGUCUAUUUGAAAUGUAGUGUAAGUUGUGUAAAGUAGUGUAAUUUGGUUAAGUAAAUUAUAUUGUAAUAUAGUGCUAUGUGGUUGAAAUAAAGUGUAAAAAAAAAUUAAAAAAUAAGUUCUUAUAGGUACGGCUUCUUGCAGUUAAAUUGUCAAUUUCUUGGGGCUUCUUGCGGUUAGACUUUCAACUUCUUGCGUUUCAAAAGCUCUUGUGGGUAAACAGCAAAAACACGACAUUUUUACUUCUUCCGGCGGUUUGCAUGUUCUUGCAGCCCAAGGACUUCUUACGCCACUUCUUGCACUUGCCUUAUUUUAGGGCUGUACUGUAACUUUUAACAACAACAACAAGCUUUAUUACCAAAUAGACAAAAAGUUAAACUUUACAAUAUAAUAUAUUAAUAAAGCUAAUCGAGCUGAGUAAAACUAAGUAAUGGUUAAGUAAGGGAGGUAGGACUUGGCGCUAAAGCUUGAUGAAAGCAAUUAAUUAGUCAAUAAAAAAGAGACGAAAAGAAGAAAUAAAUAAAUAAAUAGAUAAAUAAAAAUAAAUAAAUAAAUAAAAUGAAUUAACAAAUACCAGUUGAAAACUCAUGAACAGUAAGACUGUAAGAUGUUUAGCUUGACUUUGUUUUUAAACGUUUUAAGGAGGAGGAGUUAUAAUCCUUCAGGAAGUAGUAGACGUCUGCACCUAGGCUAUGGGACUGGUGACAGUGACGGUGACAGGAGGGAGCAACAGUGACACUUGAAGAAACCUAGUGAAAAAUGAUUUUAGAUUAUACAUUCAAAUUUUGCUAUUGUGUAGACCUUUUCAGUCCAUCCAUUGGCCUAAAACCUUACUCAAGCUUGAAAUGUAAUGAUAGUGACAGUGAAAGUGUUCGCCAUGUCCCUGAUAUCAUUUUUCCUAUACGCUGAAAUGUUUAAGCCAAGGGCCAUUUCAGUUUUCAUGUAAUACAUCAAACACAAAGACCAUGUUUGACCACAUUUCCAAACACUGAAAAGAGAGUUGAAAAUUUGACACGCAGCGGAGUAUUUUGGACGAACUUGUAAGACCUUGUCAUUGGUUUGAAUACAUGUACGUGAAAUGGAACACACCAACAAUUUUGAACUUAAAAAAUAUUACUUCAAAGAAGAAAUAGUCUCUCGCUGGUUUUGUGAAAUAUAUGGUGAUGGUGAAGUUUGUGAUGAUAGCAUUAGUGAGAGUGAUGGUGACAAUGCUGAUGACGGUGCUGGUGCCUAGAUGCUUGUGUUGAUGGUGACAGUGCUGCUGAGAUUGCAGUGCUGGAGACGGUGGUGGUGAUGGUGCUGGUAACUGCUGGUAACAGUGACUAUGGCAGUUAGGGUGAGGCUAAUGUGAGAGUGAUCGUAUUGGUAAUGGUACUGAUGAGGGAUUGGAUGAUCAUGGUGGUGCUGGUGCUGGAGAGGGUGCUGAUGAAAGCCUUGAUGAAAAUAAUCUAAUUUUUUUUCCAUCAUGUCCAUUCCAGAACGGUCCAUUUUGUUCGAUUUGUGAACAUGUUGAUUAACGACACAACAUUUCUUCUGGAUGAGUCUCUGGAUUCACUAAAGAGUAUCAAUGAGACACAGCAGCUGAUGGCUAAUAUUGCAGAGUGGGAGUCCUUACCAAGAGACAUGCGUACUUCACGUCUGAGACAACUAGCCACAGAUGAACGACAGUGCCGUUCAUACCUGACUCUGGCUUCAGAGACGCUGGACAUGAUGCUGUACCUGACUAAACAUGUACAGGGACCUUUCCUUAGGCCUGAGUUAAUUGAUCGUCUAGCUGCCAUGUUAAAUUUUAACCUGCAGCAACUAUGUGGGCCAAAGUGCAGAAAUUUGAAGGUAUGACAUGAUAGAUUAAUUCUUAAUAGCGGAGC